AUGUCAUCCACGACCGCGGGCGCCAUCGCCAUCGCCUGCGCCGUCGGUGCUGCGACUCUGUUGUACGCACCCGGGAGUUCACGCCCGCCUUAUCCGCCUGGUCCGCGGCGGAAGCCGCUCAUAGGCAAUGUACUUGACAUGCCCACGCAGGCGCCGGAGGCCACGUUCAUGCAGUGGAGGGAGCAAUAUGGCGACGUCGUCCAUCUGGAAAUUUUCGGCAAACAUAUAAUCAUACUCAACACGUUCGAGGCUGCUCAGGAUCUCAUGGAGAGGCGUAGCGCCAUCUACUCCGACCGUCCUCGAUUCGUGAUGCUUGCUGAACUGAUGGGAUGGGGCAAUGCCACUACUCACGUUCACUACGGUCCGCGCUUCCGAAAGCACCGGCGCUUCGUUCAACAAGUCUUGAACCAGAAGGCCGUCGACAGCAUGACACCUCUGGAGUUGCGCCAGACUGCUAUCGCGCUCGAUAACCUAUUGAAGACCCCAGAUAAUUGGAUGGACCAUAUCAAAGGAUUUGCAGCAGGCACUAUGCUCAAGGUUGCUUACGGUCACGAUGUCGCGUCCGUUGAUGAUCCUUUAGUCAAGAUCGUCGACCAUGCCUCUACCUUGACAGUGCAGAUUGGCAAUAUGUAUCCCAUUUCGAAUUUAGUCGAAUUCUUCCCGUCUUUGAAGAAGUUACCGAGUUGGGCGCCGCUGUCAGGAUUCAAGAAACAAGCCGAGGAGGCCCGACAAGCCGUCGACAAGAUGAUGACCCUCCCCUUCGAGCAGGUCAAGCAGCAGAUGGGCGUCGGUACUGCGCAGCCAUCCUUCACGGCGCAGAUGCUCGAGCAGCACACUGCGGCUGGCAAGGGGAUCUUGUCACAGGAAGACGAAGAUGACAUCAAGGGCGCCGCGGGAACGCUUUUCGCGGCCGCGGAGGAUACGACGACUUGCAUGGCGGAAGUGUUCAUUCUAGCUAUGGUUCUUUAUCCAGAGGUCUACGCCAAGGUUCAAGAGGAGAUAGACCGCGUCGUUGGCUCCGACCGCCUUCCCUCUUUUGAGGAUCGCCCAUCGAUGCCGUAUCUCGAGUGUGUCAUAAAGGAGUGUUACAGGUGGAACGUCCCGGUCCCGCUUGCGAUACCCCAUCGCCUGAUGCAGGACGACAUUUACAAGGGUUACCUCAUCCCAGAAGAUGCAUACGUCUUACCCAACAUCUACGCUAUGCUUUACGACUGCGAGAACCCCCAUCAAUUCCGCCCGGAACGCUACCUCGAGAAUCCUGACUUGCGAGAUCCACGCGACUGCGUGUUUGGCUUCGGACGAAGGCGAUGCCCUGGUCGUCACCUCGCAGACGCGGCACUCUGGCUCUUGAACUCACGCAUCUCUGCCGUAUUCAACCUCGAGAAGGCGCGGGAUGAGACUGGCGCGGAGAUCACGCCUUCGAAUGAGUUCUCUACGGGCUUCGUCAGGCAUCCCAAGUCCUUCCAGUGCUCGAUGAAGCCGCGCUCGGAGCAGGCGCUGAGGCUGGUGCAGAAUGCGCUGCUGGAGACGCAGGCGAUGUAA